GCCUUCUAUGUUGCAAUAACCGUAUAUAUUUAUUUAAUUUUUUUUUUCACUUUCAUUUCUGUCGAGAGUCCGCGAGCUCAAACCUAGAAUCCGAUCCAGUCUGACGCUGCAGGCUCGUCGUCGUACCUCUUUCAUUUUCGCUUAUCGUGCAUUAUUUUACACUGUUCAUAGUAAACUCAUUUAUAAUUUUCGUUUUCGUUUAAUCAGAGAGUGUUCAGCUUAGCUAUUAUGCGUGUGUUGCGUUUUUCCAUCGACUAUAUUGUGAUUAGUGAAAAAUUCAAGUGGUUCACUUGACAAACGCUAAUCAACCACAUAUUUUUUAUCCAACACGUUGGGUUGGCGUGCGAUAAACCAUCCAGGGAACUUUGACUUAGGUGAUCACACAUAGACGGAAUAGCAGAACCCGAAUGAAACAUGGCGUCGGGUCUGGUGAACAUGGCCAUCGACAGAUAUAUAAACCUUGUGGACUCCAUCAGCGACCCGCGAGUGAACGACUGGCCACUGAUGGACAGCCCAUUCCCAACACUGAUCAUGGUCAUCACAUACUUAUAUAUCGUCACGUACCUGGGGCCUAAGGUAAUGGCCAACCGAAAACCCUUCAAACUGAACAAUGUUCUAGUGAUUUACAAUGCUGGCCAAGUCGUCUUCAGUUUCGUCAUGCUGUGGGAGCACUUGAUGGGCGGAUGGUUGUUGGACUAUAGCUAUAAAUGUCAACCUGUCGAUUAUUCGCAGAGUCCUACCGCGAUGAGGAUGGCCAAUUUGUGCUGGUGGUAUUACAUAUCAAAACUGACGGAGUUCGUCGACACGGUAUUUUUCGUCAUGAGGAAAAAAGAUAACCAAAUCAGCUACCUUCAUCUGUACCACCAUUCACUCACACCUAUCGAGACAUGGAUUUGCGUGAAAUUCAUCGCUGGUGGCCACGGAACGUUUUCGAAUUUGAUAAACAACAUGGUGCACGUGAUCAUGUACUUUUAUUAUAUGAUGUCAGCGAUGGGACCUCAAUACCAAAAAUACCUCUGGUGGAAAAAACAUUUGACCACCAUCCAACUGCUCCAGUUCACGUUGGUGUUCUUCCAUUCAGCCCAAGUACUGUUCUUCGACUGCGGGUAUCCGAAAAUCGUGGCUGCCCUGCUGUUGGUGCACUCGACCAUCUUCUUCGUCCUGUUCUUCGACUUCUACCAACAGGCUUACAAGAAGAACAAGCAGCUCCAAGCGAAAUCGCAGUAGACCCGUGACAAGGACGGGACACUGCACGGCGUCGUACACAAUUGUUAUGCCACGCGCAACGAUCGAACUGAUUAGCAAACGGCAUACCUAUGCGAAUAAUAUAUUACACAACCAUUAUUAUUUUUAUAAUUAUUAUUAUUAUUAUUAUUAUUAUUAUUAUUAUUAUU